AUGGCCUCCUCCGUCGCUCAGCUUCGGGCGGUGCUCGCCCAGCGCCGAUCCGACUUUGCGCGCCGCGAUCCCCCCAGGGUCGCGAAGGUUGUCAAGCCCGCCCGCGUCCGCGCCGCGCCCGCGCGAGCCGCCGUCGCCGAGCCCGCCUCCGCGCCCGGCGGCGUGAGCGGCGUCGAGCGCGGAUCCGGCCACGAGGUGCACAAGUUCGGCGGAACCUGCGUCGGCUCCUUCGAGCGCAUCUCCGGCGUGUGCGAUCUCCUCAUCGAGUCCGCCAAGUCCGGCGUGAAGACCUUCGGCGUCGUCUCCGCCAUGGGCGUCGCCACCAAAGGCGAGCCCAAGGUGACCGACUGCCUCAUCAACGCCACCGACAUGGCCGCCGCGCGCAACCCCGCGUACGAGGAGGAACUCGUCAAGCUCGAGCACAAGCACCGAUCCACCGCCGAGGCGCUCCUCACCAUCCCCGAGGAGCUCACCAAGUACAUGGACAACUUCAUGGCGGAGCUCGAGGACCUCAGAGCCAUGCUCCGCGCCAUGUCCAUCGCGGGAACCUCCACCCAGGCCUUUGCCGACUUCGUCGUGGGCCACGGCGAGCUCUGGACCGCGCGCCUGUGCGCCGCCGUGAUCCGCUGCAAGGGCUUCGACGCGGAGUGGAUCGACGCGCGCGACGUUCUCGUCGUCACCGACGCCGAAGACGGCGGCGUGGACGUGGACUACGAGCGAUCGAACGCCAACCUCGACAAGCUGUUCGACGCGAGGGGCCACGGCGUGGCGGGUUCCAACCGAGUGCUGAUCGCGACGGGGUUCAUCGCGAGAACCCCCGAGGGGGUUCCCACGACGCUGAAGCGCAACGGCUCCGACUACUCCGCCACGAUCUUCGGCGCCAUGCUCAUCGCCAAGACGAUCACGAUCUGGACCGACGUCGACGGCGUCUUCUCCGCGGAUCCCCGCAAGGUGAAGGAGGCGGUGUGCCUCGAGUCGCUUUCGUACAACGAGGCGUGGGAGCUGUCCUAUUUCGGCGCAAACGUCCUGCACCCGCGGACCACGUUACCGGCGAUGCGGUACCACAUCCCCGUGGUGCUGAGGAACUACUUCAACCAGGCGGCGCCCGGCACCUCCAUCUGCGACCAGUGCGAGGUUGAGACGGGCGGCGUGAUGAACCCCAUCGACGUCAACAGCGACCGGGUCAACUUCAUCAAGGGGCUCGCGACGAUCGAGGACGUCACCAUCAUCAACGUCGAGGGCACCGGCAUGGUCGGCGUGCCGGGCACCGCCAACGCGGUGUUUCAGACGGUGAAGGAGGCUGGAUGCAACGUCGUCAUGAUCUCGCAGGCGUCCUCCGAGCACUCCAUCUGCUUCGCCGUGCGCUCCCACGAAGCCGCCGCCGCCGUCAAGGCGCUCAACAAGCGCUUCGAGAAGGCCAUCGCGGCGGGCCGAAUCAAGGCGGUCGAGGCCGUCGACGAGUGUGCCAUCCUCGCGGCGGUCGGCCAGAACAUGUGCCAGACCCCGGGCGUCUCCGCCAUGCUCUUCGAGGCGCUCGCCAACGCCAACGUCAACGUCGUCGCCAUCGCCCAGGGUGCGUCCGAGUACAACAUCACCUGCGUCGUGUCCAAGAAGGACAUCGCCAAGGCCUUACGCGCCGUGCACGGCAGGUUCUACCUCUCCAAGACGGUCAUGUCCGUCGGCAUCGUCGGUCCCGGCCUCGUGGGCAAGACUUUGCUCAGGCAGAUGAAGGAACAGCUGGCGGCGCUCAAGACGGAUUACAACGUCGACCUCCGCGUCGUUGCCGUGGCGGGGCAGUCCAAGAUGCUCCUCACCGGCGAGUCCGAGGUGGCGCUCGACCUCGACACGUGGGAAGAUUCCUACGCCAAGGGCCAGGCGGUGGACAUGGAGGCGUUCAUCCAGUGCGUAACCGACUCGGGCGCGCCCAACGCCGUCAUCAUCGACUGCAGCGCCUCUGAGGAUGUCGCGCUGCACUACAAGGAUUGGCUGCAGCGCGGUAUCAACGUCGUCACCCCCAACAAGAAGGCCAACUCCGGCCCUCUCCCUUACUACAAGGAGCUGCGCAACAUCCAGAGGAACUCUUACACGCACUACUUCUACGAGGGCACCGUCGGCGCGGGUCUUCCCAUCAUCUCCACCCUGAACAACCUCCGCGAUUCGGGCGACCGCAUCAACAAGAUCGAGGGCAUCUUCAGCGGAACGCUCUCCUACAUCUUCAACACCUACGGCGCCGACGACAAGUUCAGCGCGAUCGUGAAGACCGCCAAGGAGCUCGGGUACACCGAGCCGGACCCGAGGGACGACCUCAGCGGCACCGACGUCGCGAGGAAGGUUGUCAUCCUCGCCCGCGAGUGCGGCAUCGACAUCGAGCUCGAGGACGUCCCGGUGGAGUCGCUCGUGCCCGAGGCUCUUCGCUCGGUGGCGUCCGCGGAGGAGUUCAUGGAGAAGCUGCCGGAGUACGACGACGAGAUGGCCGCCAAGUGCGCCGAGGCUGCCGCCGCCGGCGAGAAGCUCCGCUACGUCGGCGUCGUCGACGUCGAGAACAAGACGGGCUCCGUCGAGCUUCGCCGGUACUCGGGGGACCACCCGUUCGGCCAGCUCAGCGGCAGCGACAACAUCAUCUCGUUCGAGACGAAGCGCUACGUGGGACCGUCCACGCUGGUGGUGCGGGGCCCGGGCGCCGGUGCGGAGGUGACCGCGGGUGGCGUGUUCGGAGACGUGCUCCGCGUCGCGCAGUACCUCGGAGCCCCCUCGUGA